CAUAGUUGCAGGGUAACAAGUGACCUCUGUUUGUGAUAUCUGUGUCUCUUGGUGGAGCAGCUAACACGUGUUUCUAACUUGUGAUUGCUUGCAGUGUGCUGGCUGGGAGCUAUUUCUUUAAAUGAAUUCAAAUAUGCUUUGUUGAACUCAAACCUCAUACCUUUAACAUCCAUCCUGUUUUGAAGAUUGCAUGUGCCCUUCCAUCUCCCUCUGGACAGCCCUGCGAGGUACAGCAGCAGCACUCAGUAGUAUUUAGCAGCUAGUAAGAUGCAUCACUUCCUUGCAGUGUUGGCGGCAGCUGCAGUGAGAGCAACAAGCCUGGCGUCCAGCCUCCAGACCUGUGGAUCCAUCACGGCCACUUGGAGCUGAAGAACUUUGACAAGGGUGAGCGCAGCAACUCCCCCAACCACGCCUCCAUCAUCCAGCACACAGGAGUCGCGUCACAUCACAAUGGGACCAAAAAAGGACGAGAAGGGACAAGACAAGAAGAAAAGGUCUUCUGCUGCCGCUGCUGCCUCUCCUGAUGAUGAUGAGCAACAAGAAGACACUCAAGAACAACCUGCCAAGAAAGUGAAGGGACGAUCCAAGAAGAGGUCAUCGUCUGCUACCGGGGAGACACCCCCUCCUCCAGCCCUCUUGCGUCACCAAUCCACUUGGACACAGAGCCCCAACCUGGUCGUGAUGAUGCUGGGGGGCGCGGCAGGUCCCUGGUACCCCCGCCUGGUUCAUGGCCGCCUCGCACAAGACCAAGGUUGUCGCAAAGAACAUAUCCAGAAUUGCACUCAUUUCCGAGGAGGCGACGAAAUACACGGCACAACAGGUCAGAAGGUCAAGGAACGCCCCAUUGCCAGCACCUUCUACGCACCCUUCGACCUUUACGAGCGAGGCAAGUUCGACGAGAUCCUUGAGGGGAUGGUCAGCUCCCACGCCCAGAACGAGGACAUGGCCAUUUCCGAAGCCAUGACCAGCAAGAUGUUCGAGGACGCUAAGACUGGUGUUGGCCUGGACCUGGCGGCACAGAUCCUGCAGCAGGGGCGUGACCACGGCAUCGCUGGAUACAACCGCUGGAGGCACCUCUGCGGCCUCCCGAAAGCUGCCUCCUUCCAAGGCCUGAGUGACGUCGUUGCCCCGGAAAACAUCAAGAAACUACAAGGGAUUUAUAAGCAUGUGGAUGAUGUGGAUCUCUUCACCGGUGGACUCGCGGAAAAGCCAAACUGUGGAGCGCUGGUCGGGCCCACGUUUGGCUGUUUGAUUGGUCGCCAGUUCCACCACCUGAGGCGAGGCGAUCGUUACUGGUAUGAGGACGACAUCCCGCCCUCCUCAUUCACUAAGGAACAACUUUACGAGCUCUGCAAGACCAGCCUGGGACGUGUGAUCUGCGACAGCAGCGACAAGCUCCAGCACGUCCAGCCCAAGGUCAUGCUGGAGGCUGAUUCCUUCCUGAAUGCCCCAAUGGCCUGCCAGGGGAAGCAUAUCAAGGGUGUGGACCUGAAGAAGUGGAAGACCGCCAGCCCCAACUUCAUCAUUCCCGACAAGAUGCUUCAGGAGAGCAUUGAGAGGGCCAGGCGCGACAUCACCAACAUGAGGGACUCCGAGUGGAACCUCUGGGAAGCACGUCAGCCGCUUCCCUCCCCUCGGCUAAUCUCUACGAACAUGCACAACGAUGUCUCGGCUCCUCAUGUUCGCUACACCCUCAUGGUCAUGCAAUGGGGGCAGCUUAUCGACCAUGACAUCAUCUUCACGCCCAUCAACAAAGGUUACAGAGAGCAGAUGAACCAGGUCACUGGAUUUGUGGAUGCCUCACACACCCAUGGCUCAGACAAGUGUGAACAGAGACAGCUGAGAAUGCUAACGGAUGGCAAGCUGCGUGGCACUCCUAACCCCUUGAGAGGCAAGCUGCUGCUGCCCACUGAGCAGGAGAAUCAUGAGUGCCAGGCACCAUCAGGAAGGUGUUUCAUAGGAGGCGACACUCGGGCCUCUGAGCAGCCAGGUCUCACCGCGCUUCACACCCUCAUGAUGCGUGAGCACAACUGCGUCGCUGGGGAGCUCAAGCGCCUCAACAAGCACUGGAGCGACGAGCAGCUCUUCCAGAACGCUCGGCGGAUCGUGACGGCCAUCAACCAACAUGUGACGUACAAUGAGUGGCUGCCAAGAGUCCUGGGAUGGAACGCAGUCAACCUGUAUGGUCUUAACCUGCUGCCAGAGGGACACUAUGAAGGUUACGACGCAUAUUGAGGACCUUUGGAAGAGGCUGCUGACGUUAGGGGCGGCGGAAGGGUCUGCCUCAUAGAUCUCAGAAAGGUCACGCUUGCCAAGAUGCUCUGCGAUAACUGUGAUAAUGUGGAGAGUGAGCAGCGGUCCGUCUUUGACCUUCCUGACCCCUUCCUGAACCCUCGUGUGUCCCACCGUGACCUGCCGGGGAUCAACCCGGAGCUGUGGAAGGAGCGCUUGUCAUGUGGGGUCGGCAAGACUAAUAUUGACAUCGGGGCAGCCGAGCGCAUAUCACCCUGUGUCAUGUGCACCUGUACCAAGGAAGGGAACAACUUUACGAGCUCUGCAAGACCAGCCUGGGACGUGUGAUCUGCGACAGCAGCGACAAGCUCCAGCACGUCCAGCCCAAGGUCAUGCUGGAGGCUGAUUCCUUCCUGAAUGCCCCAAUGGCCUGCCAGGGGAAGCAUAUCAAGG